UUUAUGGUUGUAUGGAGAACUCUUGUGAAAGCUGUACAGGUGCGUGAAAAAGGACACAUUUCUUGGAAAAUUAAAGUGAUUUUUAUUUAGUUAAUGUUUGUUUUAUAAGAAAAAGAAAGAGAAUAUUGUGUAAAUGUUACAUUGUAGUUUUCUUUUCUCACUUGAAUAAAGUAGAAAAUUGUCAAUUUAGUGAAAGUAAACGAACUUGAUUUUCGAGAAAAAGAGGUGUGUGAAAUGGGUUUUGACUUAGAACGUUUUCAAGGAGACGUUGACGAAGAACUCGUAUGUCCGAUAUGUUCUGCUGUCCUUGAAGAUCCUGUACAGGCACUUGUGUGUGAACAUGCGUUUUGUAGAAGUUGUAUUCAGGAAUGGAUCAGUCGUCAACCAAUUUGUCCACUCGACCGCACACCAAUCACUGGAACUCAGCUUAGGCCAGCACCACGAAUCCUUAGAAAUUUACUUGCUCGUUUGUGUAUCAAUUGCGAUAAUUUAGCACAUGGUUGUCAAGCAAUAAUCAAACUCGACAGUCUUGGUACACAUUUGGAGGAAUGUGAAUUUAAUCCAAAACGAUUGAUUCCAUGCGAGCAGGGCUGUAGUCUGAUUAUUCCAAAAGACGAGAUCAAAAAUCACAAUUGUGUUCGUGAAUUGAUGAAUUUAAUUCAAUCGCAACGACAAAAAUUGUCCGACAUGAAGCGCGAAUUGAGCGAACAACAAUUUCAACUCAAUGAACAAAAACGUGAAAUUCAACUACUUAAAGAAUUCAUGAAAGCAAUAAGAAUCUCUAAUCCUUUGAUGAAGACAAUUGCUGAUCAAAUGGAACGUGAUGAAGUUGUUCGAUGGGCUGGAACAUUACCACGCGCUAGAGUCACUCGUUGGGGUGGAAUGAUAUCGACUCCUGAUGAAUUAUUACAGACACUGAUCAAAAGAACACUUUCGGAAAUAAAUUGUCCAUCGCAUGUGAUCAACGAAUUAAUGGAGAAUUGUCACGAGAGGAAGUGGCCGCCUGGAUUGAAUUCACUUGAAACAAGACAAAAUUCAAGACGUUUGUACGAAAAUUAUAUUUGUAAAAGAAUUCCCGGGAAGCAAGCGGUUCUAGUUUUACAAUGCGACAAUACCCAUAUGCCAGAAGACAUGAUUGUGGAACCUGGAUUAGUCAUGAUUUUCGCGCACGGAAUCGAGUGAAGAUAAGAAAAAUUAUUUUUUUUAUUGAUAUUAAGACCAAGAAAUUAAGUUUUUUAAAAAAAAGGAGAACACCAAUUUAUUUUUUAACAAAUUGAUAAUAUUUCUUAAAAAGAAAUACAAUUUUUCUUUUGUCAAAUAUUUUGACAAUUUUUUCCUUCUUAAUUUUGUCGUCCCAAAAAAUGGAUGAUUUUAUAUUCUUAACGAGAAAAAUUGUUUUCUCUAAAAUGAAAGAAAUUGUUUUCAUAAAAAAUUUUUUUCACAAACAAAUUGAUAUAAAAAUGAAUUGGUAUAUUUUUCUAAAAUUUAAGAAAUUCAUUGCGGUAAUGCAAUUUGUAAAACGAGCACACUAUUCAUCACUGCGAGAGAAUAUUUCUCCAAAAUAAUUAAUUAUAAGAAAGUUUUUUAUUUUAUUUUUUUUUAAUCUUAGAACUUUUUUUUUUCUUUAGUUUUAAUAAACAAAAAAAUUGUGAUAAAUAAUAUUUUCGCUUAAAAAAGAAGAAAAGUGAUUAACUUUCAGAUUUUAAGAUCUAAGAGACUUCUUUCAUACACGUGUUAUUUAAUAAUAAGAAAGUACGUCAAAUUUUUCUAUAGGCGGAAAGAAAAAGAAUUAUAGUACUGAGUACUUGUUAAAUAGUUUAUGGUAAGAUUAUAAUAUUAAUAUUAUUAUCGACAUUGUUUUUAACACUGUGAUUUGAGCGACGAACUCGACAUUUAAUUUUUCUACACGUAUAGCAAUUAAUUAUUAUUAGGUAUUAUUAAUAGUAUAUAAAGUGCAAAAUAAUUUGUUGUUUUUGUAAUCAAAAUUCGAAAACACAAUUUUGUUUUGAGCGUCAAGUCAAAUGAGUAUCUGGAAAACUCAUUUGUUGAAAAAGGACUUUGAAAAAAAAGGAAAAUUUUCUUUGAAUAAAAAAAAUUGUCCUUUAAAAGACAUUGAUGAAUAUUUUCUAAUAAUAUUUUAAAUUCGUGAUUUAAAUUUCUUAGUGUUAAUAGUAUUUUAUAAAUGUGGAAAAUUGUAAGUUAUGAUAAAUUUAUAUUUACCAGGUUCCUUUUUUAAU